UCUUCAACAACAUGAAGUUUGUAGUCCUCGCUCUCCUGGCCGCCGUAGCCACCGCCGUCCCGGUUUAUGAUGGUUCACAGGCUCGCUUCGACUCCGGCGAGGGGGUGGCCAUCCUGAGGGACGAGCGCGUGAUCGAGGACGACGGAAGGUACAACUUCGACAUGGAGGCUGCCAACGGCAUCGUCGUGUCUGAGUCUGGCUCUCCCGGUCUAAAGGGUGCCAUCGUCAGUGCCGGUUCCUACUCAUACACCGCUCCCGACGGCACCCCCGUUGUCGUCAAGUACGUGGCUGACGAGAACGGCUUCCAGCCCCAGUCCGACCUCCUGCCCGUGGCCCCCGAGUUCCCCCACCCGAUCCCUCAGUUCGUCCUCGACCAGAUCGCCUUCGCCGCUGAGGAGGACGCACGCAGGGCCAGGGAACCCUCCAGCAGAUAUGGAGCUCCUCAGUAAUAUAGUUAUCUUAACAAAGGGCUAAUUCAUCUUAUUGAAGAUUGUGAUGACAAUGUAUUUAUUUAUUUAGUGCUCAUUUCAUACAAAUAAAAGUAAAAAUAAGUCA